AUGUUGAUAGGUGAUCAGGCCGUAACUGUUGAUCAUCUUCUCCAACUGAUUAAAUCAUCAUUAAAAAUGUCUCAUAAUUUGGUGAAGUCGGAUAUUAUACCAAAAGACCGGCAAAACUAUCAAUCGUGUGAGAAGAUAUCAAGUGAAGCUGCUUUCAAUGCUCUCACAUCGGUGCCUAGUUCAAGGGCUACACAAAUUUAUCUUCAAAUAAUUCGAAAUAUUCGAUUAGCUUUCAUAUCUACUGAAACAAAAUAUAUUGAUCGUAUAUAUUACGCUUGGCUAAAUGUAUUCAUAGUUCGAUUUUGGUAUACCUGGUUUACUAAAACAACGAAAAAUGAACUUGAUUCUAUUCUUAAUCAACGCAAUUAUAUAAAACAGAACAUCAGAACAAGUACAAAACGACAAUACUUCAUGACUCAUUCAGCUCUAUUCUCAAUCGAAAUCAAUAGUCAUACGCUGGCAUAUAUCGCAUUAUUGGUUAUACAAUGCCAAUUACCAGAAGAAUGUCUGAAUGUAUCUUUAUUUAACUCUCAAUCUUGUGAAAGAGAGUUUCGUUUAUGUCGAUCUAUGUCAGGACCAUUUUCAUCCAUUGUUAACUUCACUAUCGAACAAUUUAUACAGCGUUUAAAAAAGUUAUCGUACCUUCAUUCAAUUAAAUACCGAAACAACAAUGAUCAUACUACCAGAUCUGAUGCUAAUUUUCUCGUUCCAAGCCAUCAUAAACAUUCUAAAAUUGUCCACACUGGACAAAAUACAUCUUCAGACAUGCCACUGAAAAUUGAAAUGAUAGAAGCAUCUAUUUUGCAAGCCUAUUCGGAUGCUCCCCGCGUUAUGUGCGAGGUAAAUAUCUAUCAUCGUAAUGACAUUCCAAGUUUGGAUGAAUUGUCUCGAAUAACCCGUCUUCAACUGCAAAAAUUACAAAUAGUUGACUAUUCCAUCCCGUCUGAAAAUGAAACAGAUUUGUCAUCAGAUUCAGGUGAUGGUAUUGAGGACGAAGAAGAAAAUACAUUUGAAGAUGAAUCAGACGAUGAUGAUUCAAUUCGAGAUGAUGAAGAUUUAUCGAAUAACGUUUUGAAUGUCAGUGGGAUGACAUAUCAAGGAAUGCGAGUUUUUGAUUCUAUCAACCCCAACUUGGCAAAGUCAUCUUUUGUUCUCAAUAUCAACGGCACGAAAAAGUAUCUGCACAAACAAACAGUCGUAUGGCUACUUUCAAAUGAUAAGCCGACUUUGUCAUCGGAUCGUUUGAAACGUGUUAUGACUAAUAAACAGAGCUAA